CCGCCCCUCCAGGCACGCCGGCCCUUCGCUCCGCAGCAGCCGCACCGAGUCGAGGCCGCUGUCGGGAGUUCCCCUCCCUUCCUCUCCCCUGUCCCUGCUCGGAGCCCGACACAGCCCGGCGGGUGCUUCCCGCGUCCCUGUCGCAGGAUGAAGAGGAUCUUCGGGUUCGGAAAAAAGAGGAAAGGACAGCCGCCGCCCGGCAGCGCCUCCCUGCCCUGCUCCGCCGGUGCCUACGAGCUCCGGCAGAAGGAUCUGGGCAAGCUGCACCGUGCGGCCGCCAGCGGCGACCUGGCCCAGGUGCGGCAGGGACUGAGGAAAUACGGCAUCGACGGGCGGGACAAGGCGGAGCGGACACCUCUGCAUCUCGCUUGUGCAAGUGGCCAUGUGGAUGUAGUUACACAUCUAGUAGAAAACCAGUGUAAGCUAAAUCUUUUUGACAAUGAUAACAAAUCGCCACUGAUGAAGGCAGUACAGUGCCAGCAAGAAAAAUGUGUGGCUAUUCUAUUAGAGCACGGUGCUGACCCAAAUCUGGCAGAUGCUGACGGCAACACUGCCCUUCACCUGGCUGUCCUGUCUCCUAAUACCACUGUAGCAGGGCUGUUACUUGAGCAUAAUGCCAAUAUUAAUGCUCAAAACAAGGAGGGAUAUACCCCACUUAUUCUUGCUGUCUCUGAACAUCAUGAAGAGAUAAUGGAGUUUCUUCUUAAAAAAGGAGCUGAUGUGCAUGCUCGAGAUCGGUGUGAAAGAACCCCACUUAUGACUGCUGCUUCUGGGGGAGAGGUUAAUUUGAUAAAAGUUCUUCUUCAGUAUGGUGCUGAUCUUUCCCACAAAGACACUAAUGGAUGGACGGCUGAGGAUUAUGCUGUUAUUCAUGGAUAUUCUAGUCUUAGUAAGCAACUGGGAGAAUACGCAGACUGGGAAAGCACAGAAGUUUCUGCAGGUGGUGCACAGGGCAUCACGGUACUUGGCACUCCGCACCGGAGAGGAGCUGCUGCCUUUACGUUGGGUGCACCUGCUGUGGACAGAGGAGGAAUUCAACAAUCUCCUAACCAGACAUCAAGAACAGGAAAAUCAAGGAAAGCAACAGAUGACUUUUCCCAAGGAGACUCAAUAAGAAGCUCUGAGAAAGAGGGAAGCGAUGACAGUUGGCAUACCUCUGAGGAAGAGGAACUCGAUUUUACCCCCAAGAAGCUGCAGAAGCCAAACUUGACACUGCUAAUGAGUGCUUCACAGCAGUUCAGGAAAAAAAAUGAUGAUGGUGGUUCUAGAAUUGAAAGUCCUAAGUCACCAAAGAAAAGUCUCAAACAGCGAAUCCCAUCAGAUGCAAACCUGAACAAAGGAGACAGUGAGGAAUUGUUUAAUCAAGAUGUCUCAGCUGCAAGCAACCUGGAGGAAGAAGAAUUGGAGGAGGAGGAAGAAGAGGAGGAGGAGGAGGAAAAUGAUGAUGAAAAUCACAAUGGAGAUGGUGAUGAAGAUUACGACGAGGAAGAGGAGGAGGAGGAUGAAGAUUUUACUGAUGAUGGAGAGGAGGAGGAAGAGCUGGAAGAUGAAGAAGCUCAGUCUUGUGAAAUCCUGGAAGAGGAGCAGGGGAAAAAAACGGAACCUAAAGGGGAAAUUAAUGGGAAGUUAGAGUAUAUUAGUAAAGCUAAGUAUGAAGAGGAAGCUCAGUGUGGAACUGGCAGUGUCUCCAUUGAUGAUAAAAUAAGUAAAGAACAUGAUGAAAAGCGGGAGGAAUCUGUUGAUACUCCUGUGUCUUUCAUAGCUGGGUGUUAUGAAAGGUUGCUAGAAAAUAAAACGUCAAUGUCUCCAAAGUUCAUGAAUAAUGAAGUAUCUUGCAAGUCAGUACCAAAACAAGCUGUCUUUCAAAAUCUAAAUAAUCUGCAAGAUACACAAGAAAGUUGGAACAGGAAAAGCAUGAUGCAGGAGAAGUUUCACAGAAAUGCUGACUUCUGUUUUGCAGACUCUGAAAUGACAGAUGGGAAAAAAGAGAUGCCUCCCCCUCUCUCAAAUAGUUGUGGUCUUAAGGAGAAAAAGUCAAGUUUCAGUGAUGACUUGGAAAGUGGUAAUAAUUCUUGGUCAGCAGCAAAAAAUCCAGGACUUGAAAGUGAAAGACCAAGCUCUGCCAUUCUUGAACAUGUGAGUGAUGAAGAUACUGAAGAAGAGCAAUAUGAAGGAGUAGGUGAUAAAAUCUCUGAACCACUGAAACAAGAAAGUGAAAACUUGCACUUAAAUAGAUAUGAAGAAAAUUUGAGAGCAUUUCAUUCGAGCAGCAAAGAAGAAUCACCUGAACAGGAAGAAGAAGUUGAGAAGCAGGAGAAGGAAGACAGUGGCGAAAAGCUAGUUGCUGAGGAUGGGAAAAAUUCUGUUUGUAAUGAUAUCUGUGAAGUCCACAAUGCUUCAAAAGACAACUUGGGUGCCCUGCCAGCAGUGGGAGCAGAGCAAGAGGAAGAUGCUGAAUCUCCCUGGGAUUCUGAGGCAGAUUCUCAAAGUCUGAGAAAAGUGUCAUCCAGUGUGUUGCUCCCAGCUGCAGAGAGACACGGAGUAUGCUCCCUUAUUGUUUCAGGGGAACACAACAAUGGUUUUUUUGAGAAACCCAACAAUUCACAGCUGAAGACUUCUAAAUCUGCUUUGGAAAUGAAUGAAACCUCUCCUAAAAACAGACAGCAGAAAUCAGAUCUAUUGCAGGAAUUUGGUUUAGAAGAUGCCGAGGACAUUGAAGGUGAGUACUCAGGAUCUACCUUUCAUAUGUCAUCAUCAGCUGAAAAAGAAGAUGUCAAGGAUGCCCUUGAAAACUAUGGGGUGUGGGAUAAGUGUAUUUUAGAAACUACCAACUUGAUAGAAAAAAGAGCACAUGAAAAUCGAAUUGACAAAGCAGAAAUUUCACAUCAGGAAGCCCUAGCAGAAAAUGAGGAAUCACACAGUGCUGAUAAGGAGUUAAGUCUGAAACCUUGGGAAGAAAGAUAUGAAAAACUGUGGAUUGAAAAGGAGAAAAGGGAAUUGAAAACAAAUUUUAAAAACAUUACAGCAGAGCUGAAGCAGUUGUUUGGUGAAAAUGAAACUGGGAAAACUGCUUCCCAUGUGAAAGAAAUACCAGAAGAUGGCUUUGGUGAAAAACUGAAGAGUUCUCGCAUUAUUUCCUCUCUUGUGACAGAAUCAAGUAGUAAGUUAGAAAGCAAAGGUGAAUUUGGAGAUAUUAAACUUAUGCUAGAUGGAAAAGUACCCCAAAUGAAAAUUGUAAUUCCGAGUCUUGGUAUCCUUCCUGAUGAAAAUAGCUUAAAGGCAAAUGUGGAAGAUACCCGGAAUAGAGAUGAAGAUGGCACUAACAAUAUGGAUAACAGAAAGGUGUCUCUGGCAAAAGGAGAGAAAAAGAGAAUGCCUGCUAUGGAAACAGAAGAGAAUGAUAAUAUAAGUAGUGAAAAUGCAGAGGAAGGUUCUGCUUACUCCCUGAGUCAUAGCUUAAAAUCAAAUAUUUUGGGUGAGAUUUCUAAUACUCUUCCUAAAAUAAGAACUGUUUCUACAAGUGAUGAAAAUGCAGUUUUUGUAACAGAAAGGAAACUUGAAAAAUACUCUGGAUUUAAUGAUGAUGUUCCCAGGGACUGCCUUAUCAACAAUAAUAAUAUGGGAGAAACAGAAAUUGAAAGUCUUUUUGCAAAUGCUCAGCAAUCUUGUGGCAUGCUGGAAAGGAAUAUUGAUGAAGAACUAAAACAAGAUAUGGAAAGAUUUAAGAGUAAGGUAGGAAUGCUGCAAAUAGUAUUCCUGGCUUUGGAGAAAGAGAAGGUACAGCUGCAAAAAGAGGUUGAGAAGGAAAAAAGCAAACAAAGAUGUUUGAAAAUGCAGAAGGUGGCAAAACAGGAAGAUGUUGCUGAAUUAAGUACACCGCCAGGCAACAUUACUAAUAAGGAAAUGAAAGAAAAGCUUACUCUAAGAAAGAAUGACUGUCUGAAAAUGGAGAACGAAAACAGUACAGAAGAAACGGACCAAAAGAAUUUUUCACCUGAGGAGAGGUCAAAAUUGAUUAAAAUGCCACUGAAAGGUGAAUUUGCCCUGAAUCCCAAAGUUGCAAAGAAGAAUAAAAGACAGACUUUGAAGCAGACAGCUAAUCAGCAGAUGAGCUCUUCCAGUGGGAAUCAAUUUCAAACACUGGAUGAUAGCACUUUCAGUGAAACAUCUCAGGAUGAAGAAAGACCUGCAGCAAAAACAGGAAGUGAAAAGAACAAGGUCGGCAUGGAUGUAACUGAUGACCUUGAUUUAACUCACUCAUCUGACACAACUUCAGAGGAUGUCGCAUUACCAACAUCCACGUACAAAGAGGCUGUGCUGCUGUUAGAGCAGCUUAGUGUGGAUCAUACAGGUUCUGCUAUUUUAUUGAAAAUUCAAAACAUACUUCUUAAAUAUGAACAAAUAAUAGAACAUGAAAAAAAUCGGUAUACAGCUGUCUGUAAAGAAGUAAGAAAAUUGGAAAGUGAAAAGGAGGAAUCACAGUUAAUAGCAGAAGAGACUCAAGAUUUGAAAUCUAUAUUGGCUCAUCAAGAAGUGGAAUGGAAAAGUGAUAUCCAAAGCCUUAAAUUUACUUUGAAACAAGAAGAGGAAAAGAGGGUCAGAGUAGAAGCACUCUAUGAGAAAACAAGAGAAAAACUCAGAAGGCAAGAAGAGCAAUAUUGUAAAGAGGUGGAGGAGAAACAGCAACUUGAGUUACAAUCAAGAAAUUUAGAAAUGGAGUUAAUGACACUGAGAAAGCUCUUGAAACAGGUUGAAGAAGAGCGUGAUGAAACACAGAGACAGCUUUCUCAGGAAAAGAGUGCCAGAGCCCUGCAAGAAGGCAUUUUGAACAACCACCUUUGGAGACAAAAGGAACUAGAAGAAGAGACAAGAAGAACUAUAGGAAAAAAUUCAGAUGAAUCCGACACUGAGAGAGAAAAGGAUCUGUUGUACAAAAAUCAGUUACUGCAAGAUGAGAUUGCUGUGCUAAGACUAGAACUUGAUCAAAUAAGACGUAGGCACCAGGAGGAAGAAGGAAAAUAUUUAGAGGAAAAUGAGACCUUGAAAGAAAAAAAUGAAGAUCUCAAAAAGGAACUUAAACUGAAUGAAGAAGCCUUAACGCAAACAGUUUUUCAGUACAAUGGACAGCUGAACUUACUAAAGACAGAAUCUGCAAUGCUAACUUCCAAACUUGAGCAAACAAAAGAAAGCAAAGACAGACUAGAGACAGAAAUUGAAUCAUUUCGUUCCCGCCUGAACACUACUGUUCAAGAACUUGAACGUCAUCAGUCAUCCAAAAGUGAUGUCGAGCGCACGUUUCAGAGAGAACGUGAUGAAUGGCUUCGCUUGCAAGACAAGCUGCAUCAUGACCUCUCUGAUGUGCGAGAAACCAACAAGAGCUUGUCUCAGCAGCUGAGUAAAGCUGAAAGCAAAGCUAAUGGUCUAGAAAAUGAACUUCACCAGUUGAAACAAAUGCUCAGAGAAAAAAUAUUGCUUUUAGAAAUGACACAAAAAGAAUUAAGUCAAGCCCAGUGUCAGGCAAAGGAAUACGAUCAUGCUCGACAACUUGAGAAAGAUCAAGUAAGCAAACUUACAAUAAAGCAGGAAUCCAUGCAGGAGCGAUUGGCCCAGCUCCAGAGUGAAAACCUUUUGCUCCGUCAGCAACUGGAAGAUGUGCAGAACAAGGGGAUCAUCAAAGAAAAAGUAGUGAAUGAUGUACAGGAUCGGUUUAAUGAUAUUUUCAACAAACUCAGAGCUGAUACUGAAAAGCAAGUUUACCUAGUGGAAGAGAGAAACAAGGAAUUAAAUACCAAGUGUACUGAUUUAAGAGAACAAGUCUUCAAGUAUGAGACUGACAAAAUAGAGAGAGAGGGCAUGAUCAGACAGCUGCAGCAGGAGCUUGCUGAUGCUCUUAAAAAGCAAUCUAUGUCAGAAGCUUCACUUGAAGUUACUACACGCUAUCGCAGUGACCUGGAGGAAGACAAGCUGCGCUUGCAGAGUGAAUUGGAAAAGGUUAAAACCAAGCUGCGGGAGGAGGAAGAAAAGCAUCUUCAAUCUGAGCAUUGCGUUCGUGACUUGAAGACUGCCUUGGAUGAUAAAGAAAGAGAAGCAAUAACUUCUUCCCAGAAACUGCAGGACCUCCUGUUGGCAUCUUCUGAGACUAAUACCACUGUAAAACAACUGGAAGAACACGUGCAACACCUUGAAAUUGAAAACACCAGAUUGGAAGCCACUGUCCAGCAACAAAGCAAUAGGAUUGAAGCCCUUCAGAGAGACCUGCAAGCCUCUGCCUCAGUUCACAACCGCCUGGAAGACUUGAUAACUAGCUUACGGACAUCACAGGCAGCUGCAGAGGACCACCACAAGCAGGUGCAAAAGCAGAAUGCGCUGGCUCUGACAUCAAAGGAUUUGCAGAGCAUGUGGGAAGAGCAGUUUAAGUCAAGAUCCAACCUUGAGGAGCGUGUUGCUCAGCUUGACAGGGAAAAGGCAGAGCUCUUUGAACAGUGUGAGAGUGAAAGAAAGAAAGUGAAGAAACUGGUCGAAUUGAAACGCCCAGUUGAAAUGCGCCUGGACCAAGAAAUGAAAAGAAACUUAGAACUGCAGAAAGACUUCAAGAGGUUGAAGAGACUUCUGAGUAGAGCUACGAAGAAACUAAGGGUGUAUGAAGAAAGAGAAAUUGAGUCCCAGGUUAACUUGCAGGGAGAAAUGAAGAACAGAUAUUCUGAAAUGGUCAGUGAAGUUGGUAGAUUAAGACCAAAGGUUGGUGAACUUUCCCAACAGCUGGACAGGGAAUCUAAAAAAUGCAUGCAGCUGGAAGCCAAAAAUCAGGAUUUGCAAGAAGAGCUAUCCACCCUGCAUGGGAAGUGUGAAAACCUGGAGAAGAGCAAAUGCCAUCUGAAAGAAGAGCUGGCAAAACUCCAACAUCAUUCGGAAACUAACCUGGUAGAUCGCAGCCAAAUAGAACAAUAUAAAAGGGAGGUGGAAGAACGAGCUGGACAAGAAAUAAGACAAAAACUACAAGAAGUCAAUCUGUUUUUGCAAGCACAGGCAGCCUCCCAGGACAGAUUAGAACAAAUCAGAGCCAGUCAUCAUGCUUCACUAAGAAACCAGCUAAAAGACAGAAUUAGAGAUCUUGAAUGUGAACUGGACAGGAUAAAAAAUACCCAGCAAGACAGUACUUUUCAAAAAGAAUCCACCCAGGCAGAAGUGGAAAAGUACAAAGAACUGUAUCUGGAGGAAGUGAAAACCAGAAAAGGCCUAGCAAAGAAACUGGAAAGAGCUAAUGAGAGACUUGCAGAGGCCAACACCAAGCUUCUUCGGGAGCGCCAUAGAAGCAAAUCUUUAAUCACAAGCAGCAUUGUCAGUGGACAUCUGGCUGCAAGUCCACUUCUGUAUUCAACUGGCCUGGGACAUCUUGGCAACAGUUUGGGACUGAACAGAAGUCUCAGUCUUGGAGGAAACUUCCUAAGCCCAACAGAAAACACAUUAUCACCAAGAAACAGAGUUGAAGCCUAUGUGGCCAAGGUACGACAGGAACUGGAUGAAAAAAUCACUAGAGAACUUCAACAAGCCACUGUUGAACUUGAAGGUGGAUCUGCUGGAUCUUCAGAAAAUCUUCAUGUGGACAAGGAUCCCCUUUGCAGAGCAAUAGAGGAGUACCGUGAUGUUUUAACCAAAAAUUACCUGAUUUGAAUGAAAUGCUACGAAAGGCUCUGGAAAUCAUUUGGUUUUCAUAGUGCAUCAGUGGUUUCCCAUCCCUCAGUUCAGAUGUGAAAACAUGUUUCUUGCAGUCAGAAUAUAAACUCACAAACUGUAUUAAAUGGAUGUCAAGCACAUUGCACUUACCUGUUGGUUUAUUGAUGCAUAGGUGGUUUCUUUUGCACUCACAAUAAGAACCACAUCCAUUUUUUUCUGACUAGCAGAUUGACUGAUCUUGACUCCUGAGGUUGACAAAAUCAUCAAAUUUGUUUCUUAUUAUGGUCAAUGCAUUAGCAUUUGCUUUGUUCUGUUAAAUCACUUUAGUCAAUGUGUUUGGAAUGUUUCCAGUGUUAUUUUAAUGUUUAGGACAUUAUUUGAUGUGCUUUCACCCUGCUGCUUCAGUCCUGAUGCAGUGACUAUUUCUGCUGAUAAAGUUUUACAGGUGUGUUCAAGCUGUAGAAAAGGGCAUUUUACACUGUCGUCACUUUAUGCAAAGUAGGUUUAAAAUGACUGAGUAUGUAGUAGUACUAAGAGUUGUUAUAUGGUCUUUUUGGUUUGUUUGUUUUGUAUCACAGAAUGGGUGAGUUUGGAAGGAACCUCUGGAGGUCAUCAGGUCCAGCCCCCCUGCUGAAGGAGGACUACCUAGAGGCAGUUGCCCACAUCCGAGUUGGCUUUUGAAUACCUCCAAGGAGGGAGACUCCAGAGGCUCCAUGGGCAGCCUGUGAUAGAGCUCAGUCACGCACACAGUACACUUGAAUACCAUGAGAGGCAAUGGGCACAAACUCAGUACCUUUUCACAGUAUUGGUGUUGAUUUCUGUAUUAAAAAUUGCUGCAGUUUCAGACAUUUGCAGCUCUUGCAUCAAAACCUAUGGUGCACCCGAAACAUUUCUAAUCGGAGGGAAAAAAAAUGAAUGUUAGUGCAUCAACUUUAAGUUUCCUCAGUACUCUCCAGAACUUCUGUGAUAGGAUAGGUAGUCUUUUUGUUGCUGCUAACAGCUGAUGAUACGGUGUCUGUAGCCCAGCUGUUAGCCCAGAUGUGGUGGGACAUUGUGUCAACCAUACAAGCAGCUUUACUUAUUUCAGGGAACUACCAGUUGUUAAUGAAGAUCUGAGUUGUCAUUUCCCAUCUUGAAAAGUCACCAGCAAUCCGAAGAGUAUAGAACAAAGUCCCAGUUCUGGAAAAGUAAGAAUGAUUGUACUUAGAUGAAGAAGACUGGAAAAAUUUGAGGGGGUUUACUGACUAAUUCAAGGAUUUAACAGUCAGCGAGGAAAGCAUUAAAUGCUGCUGUGACAUUCUUCCUUUUUAUAUGAAUACAUUUUUUGUGAAGCUAAUACACUGUUUAUAAUUCGACUUGAUAUUUAAUAAACUUUGCAAUCUAGGA